CGGGGGGUUCCCCUGGGCUUGGUGACGUCGCGCGUUGUGGUCACGACGGACGCAUCGACUCGCGGCUGGGGAGCAGUGUGCGAGGGCAUGCCGGCUUCGGGGCUGUGGUCAGAACCCCAGAGCCGGUGGCACAUAAACCGCUUGGAGCUGGAAGCAGUGUUCUUAGCUCUAAAGGAUUUUCGGCCGCAGCUGGAACAGCGACAGGUACUGAUUCGCACCGGCAACAUGUCUGUGGUCUCGUACAUAAAUCACCAAGGAGGCGUACGUUCCAGGGCUUUGUACAAGCAAGCAGCGAAUCUCCUGCUAUGGGCGGACCGUCACUUUCUCUCCAUCAGAGCAGCGCACAUCCCCGGUCUCCUGAACCGCGGGGCGGACAUGCUUUCGAGGAAGGGGAUUCCUCAAGGAGAGUGGAGGUUGAACCCCGAGUCGGUUCGGAUGAUUUGGACCCGCUACGGGAGAGCGGAGGUGGAUCUGUUCGCCACGAGCGAGAAUGCGCGCUGCCCGCUGUUCUUCUCCCUGUCUCACUCCCCGCUGGAAGGGGACGCUCUGACAUCGCACUGGCCAGCAGCCAGGCUGUAUGCGUUUCCUCCGAUCAAUAUAUUGCCACUGGUGUUAUGCAAGAUCAGGGAGGAGGGGGCUUCGGUGAUACUCAUCGCCCCGAACUGGCUGAACCAGCCUUGGUUCCCGGUCCUGACAGAGCUGCUGGUGGCGCCGCCCUGGCCGAUCUCCAUCAGGAAGGAUCUGCUGCCUCAAGCGAGCGGCUCAGUAUGGCACCCGAACCCGGAGUUAUGGAGCCUUCAUGUGUGGCUGCUUCGGGGAUAUCAGAGGAGCUGA